UGGUCCAUGGGGUCGCAAAGAGUCGGACUCGACUGUGCGACUGAACAACAACAACAACGUAAGUACAGGCUUUGGUCAUAGAAGUCCGUGGAUCUAAAGUAGUUCAGCUUUGGGGCUGACUCCUGCCCAACAAUUUUUGCUUGGUCUGGGAUGAAGAAAGCCCUGGCAGCAUCUCGGCGAAGCUCGAAGACCUUCCGUUUAAAUAUUAUUUUAAAAAAAGUAUACGCUGACCUUGUCGGAUAUAGGCAGCGCCAUCACAUCAUAGAGCUUAUCGCGAGGUUUCUCUUUUCGCCGAGGGCUGGUCUACGAUCUCCUUGUCCUACACUUCUUUCGCACUUCCGGUUCACACUGAACGGCUUUCACGCUUUUACUUCCGAAGCGAAGCUUUCACCAUAAAGAUGCCAGGGGUAGAGCGAUGCCCAAAUCCUAGGCGAAUCAAAGUGGGCAGCCGUGUUGGCCUGACUUUGUUUAAAUCCUAGGCGGUGGUUUCCCCCCCCUAUCACCGGAAGUUGCGCGUUCUGACAAUUUCCUUAGGGUCUCGCGCACGCCUAGCUGAGAUGCCAGCGGUUUGCCCGGCACAGCUUUUUUUUGCCCUCGUGUGACCAAUCAGGGCACCCCCCCGGGUGCUGAGCGACGUGGGACGGGCUUGCUGCGUGUGCUGCGAAGCCAUGGGGACAGUGCACGCGCGGAGUCUAGAGCCUCUUCCGAAAAGUGGGAGUGAUUUUGGUGCUUUAGGAGAAGAAUCUGAACUAAUUGAAGUUGAACCAGAAGCCAAACAGGAACUUUUGGAAAAUAAAGAUGUUGUGGUUCAGCAUGUACACUUUGAUGGGCUUGGAAGGACUAAAGAUGAUAUUAUUAUGUAUGAAAUUUGUGAUGUUUUCAAGGCUAAAAAUCUCAUCGAUGUCAUGAGGAAAUCGCAUGAAGCUCGUGAAAAGCUGCUCCGUCUAGGAAUUUUUAGACAGGUGGAAGUUCUAAUUGAUACAUGUCAAGGAGAUGAUGCUCUUCCAAAUGGUUUAGAUAUAACAUUUGAAGUUACAGAGCUGAGAAGAUUAACUGGAAGCUAUAACACAAUGGUUGGCAAUAACGAAGGGAGCAUGGUACUUGGGCUCAAGCUCCCUAAUAUCUUCGGACGUGCUGAGAAAGUGACAUUUCAGUUUUCUUAUGGUACAAAGGAAACAUCAUAUGGCCUGUCUUUCUUUAAGCCACAGCCUGGACACUUUGAGAGAAAUGUUUCUCUCAAUCUGUAUAAAGUAACUGGGCAAUUCCCGUGGAGCUCUCUUCGUGAAACAGACAGAGGAAUAUCAACAGAAAUUAAUUUCCCAAUAUGGAAGACUAACCAUACAUUAAAAUGGGAAGGUGUUUGGAGAGAGCUUGGCUGUCUUGCAAGAACGGCAUCGUUUUCUGUUCGAGAAGAAAGUGGACACUCACUCAAGUCUUCUGUCUCUCAUGCAAUGGUGGUUGAUUCUCGAAAAUCCUCAAUCUUGCCCAGAAAAGGUGCUUUGCUGAAAAUAAAUCAGGAGUUGGCUGGUUACACAGGUGGUGAUGUGAGCUUUCUAAAAGAGGACUUUGAGCUUCAGUUGAAUAGGCCAUUUCUGUGGGAUUCAGUUUUCUCGGCUUCGUUUUGGGGUGGAAUGUUGGUUCCGAUUCGAGAUAAACCAUCCAGCAUUGCUGACAGAUUUUACCUUGGUGGACCAACAAGCGUGCGUGGAUUCAAUAUGUACAGCAUUGGACCUCAGAGUGAAGGUGAUUACCUUGGAGGUGAAGCUUACUGGGCUGGUGGCCUACAUUUGUAUACACCUCUCCCUUUUCGUCCUGGCCGUGGAGGAUUUGGAGAUCUCUUUCGAACACAUUUUUUCCUUAAUGCUGGUAACCUUUGCAACCUUAACUAUGGAGAAGGUCCUAAAGCCCAUAUUCGUAGGCUGGCAGAAUGUAUUCGGUGGUCUUACGGUGCUGGAAUAGUUCUCAGGCUUGGAAACAUUGCUCGGUUAGAACUCAACUAUUGUAUCCCCAUGGGGGUGCAAAGUGGAGACAGGAUAUGUGAUGGAAUUCAGUUUGGAGCUGGAAUAAGAUUCCUGUAAUGCCAGUGAUUUCACAGCAUUGUCCCAACAGGAGCUGCUGAAUUCAAGUAUUGGCAUAACUGUAUCAAAGAGGCUUUCACUUAAAUAUAAAUAUGUAUGAUGGAUUAACGUCAAUAAAGAAAAC